AUGGCCUCCAUGCAGGACGGGCUGCACAUCACGGCUCCUCCCUACGGCAAGGUCCUGCUGCUGGGCGCCAUCGCUGCUGCCUCGGCCUUCGUGGUCACCAUCCUCAUUGUGGUCCUGUGCGUGGGCUGCCAGAGGAAGGGAAAGACACAGAAUGUCCCUGGGGAGAGUGGAAAACACCGCCUCAUGGACAUGGGCAUUCUCAAGCAGUCCAAGCUUCGCUCCAUCAGUAAAUCUGAUGCUGCUGAGAUGAGCAAAGUCAACUGCAAUGGCAAAAGUGAGUAUGGGUGCACCUGUGCUGGAAACAUCUCACAGAGUAAAGAGUUCUUCAUUCAGGUUGAGAAGCUCGUACUGUACCAUGUGGUGGACUCGGGGCCCUAUGCUACUGCCCAGCCGUGGUCUAACUCUGACCUUCGUUCUCAAGGCAGGCAGCUCCCCCAGAUCCCCUCUGGGGCUGGAGAGGAUGGAGAGCACACUUAUUCUGAAGUGGGCCGGGGCGCCUCCACUGCACGUACUGAUGAUGCCCUGUACGCCAUGGUAGGCAGAGCUGGGCAGACGGACACGCCGGCUCCUCCUGCUGUUCCUGCCAACACUCCAGCACCUCCAGACCCCGAUGGGGAUGUGGAAGGAGGGCUUCCUGAGUCCGAGUCGCAGGUGGUGUCUCCUCCAGAAACUGCAGAGUACGCUGUCGUCCGGAAGCUAAGAAAAGCUGAGAAGACACCUCAGAAGAGGGACAGUGGCACAGAUAUGGCAGAGCCUCCUACAAGGCACGGCCCUCCAUCUCACCCUGCCCCGCCUCCACCUCACCCACACCCCCAGCACCCCCACAGCACCAAGCUGCCCCGCAGGAAUAUAGGCCUGGACACCUUUAAUGUGCCCUCAUUCCCAAAGGAAGUGAUGUUUAUGGGGAAUGGUGAGCAGUACAUCUGGAAGCCUCCAGAGGAGGAUGACCUCCUAAUGCUCCAGAAUAAAGCCUUGGGCCCAUUGGCUCACACUGUGGAGAACAUACAGCCGUCUGCUGCAGCGGUGGCUGAGAUGUAUUCUAAAGUGUGCAAACCAGGAAAGAAGAAGAGAUCGAUAUCUCCUCCCUGUAAUCCUGGCUUCCGGACCUUGGGGCGCGGGGACAGAGACAGGGAUGGGGGCUUUAGUGUGGUGGUCAAGCCUCAGACAUGGGCCCCACUCGAGGGCAAAGCCAUGGCAGGGCCGUUAGACGAGCACUGUUAUGAGUCAAUUGGCACAGAGGAAUAUGAUCCAGCAUAUGAGAACCUGGAGGGGGCAGGCUGGAGGCGAGAGAGACCCCCAAACACGUGUGCCACACUGAGGCCUCGGAGAAAAAGGGCCCAGCAGCCUCUUCAGCAGCAGCAGCCCCCUCCACCACCACCCACACAGCAAACACCCAAACUGCAGCACCUGCCCGCACAGGCCCUGGUGCUGCCGGGGGACAGCUUGUAUGAAAGCAUCGGGGACCUCAAGACCGGCUCGACCAACUCCAGCACGACCACCAUCUUUACCUUCAAUGACGGCAUGGAGAUGUACGUCACAGGGCUCUGA